CCGUGGACACGUUCUUCCUGCUCAGCGGGCUAAUGGUCGCCUACGUCCUGUUCAGAGACCUGGAACGGUCCGCGGGCAAGUUCAACCUGCCGCUGUUUUAUCUCCACCGCUACCUGCGACUCACCCCGCCGAUUGCCAUUUCCUUGGCUGUUUUCGCCACUUUUGUGCCGAAACUGUAUGCGUCACCCUACUGGAACGGGGCAUCAGCCACUGCUGGCGUGUGUCAGCAAAUAUGGUGGAGGACUCUGUUGUAUGUGCAGAAUAUCCCGAGUUUUGAGCCGGAAUUCACUGACCAGAAGCUGGUGACGGACGCCACUGUGGGCUGUAUUGGCCAGCUCUGGUACGUGUCAAACGACAUGCAAAUGUACCUGUUUGCCCCAUUGGUGCUGCUCCCGCUGUUUUACCGUCCAUCAAAGGCGGCCUUCGCCUGGAUCGGCUUUGUUGCCAUAGGCGCCGCCGUGGCGCCGAUGAUCGUCAUAUGGCACUACGAUCUGGCAGCCACUAUGCUCCCUAUGUCGGCUACGACCCAAGAAUACUUCGAAUACAUAUACACUGCUUCGUAUUCCCGUGCUGGACCUUACGUCAUUGGACUCAUCUUUGGAUAUCUGCUGCAUCGAACGGGAGGGAAGAAGUUGAUCUUGCCAAAGUGGGUGGUUUACGGAGGUUGGUUGACAGCAUCAGUGACUGGUCUAGCCAUUGUCUAUGGACUACGAAGGUACAUUUCCUUGGAGGAACCUUCACGUCCUCAAAUGAGUCGUGCUUUGCCUGUGUCCACGGUUAUGGAGCUCUUCAUGCCCCUGGGGAGACUGACUUACUGUUCCUAUCUCCUGUCUCUCAUGAUUCAGCAAAUUUACCAAUGGUCUCGCAAAACGGUUCCACACCUGGAUCACCUGACCAUGCUCUACUGGUUCUUUGGGACAAUGGUCUUGACUAUCUCUUGUGCAUUUGUCAUGUCCUUGCUGUUUGAAGCACCAAUUAUUGGAUUGGAAAAGAUCAUCUUUGCUCCCUGCACUGGCAAUGCAAUUUCCAAGAAGAAAGCAACUGCGGAUGAUAAGCAGGACAUUGUGACACAAGAGGACCCCGAAAAAGGACACGAAAAUGGAGGAUUGAAGAUUUCUGCAGAAUGAUUCAGGAAAAGAUUAUUAAGAAAUUUGUAAUUUCUUCUGCUGCUUUUUGCUAGUCGGUGUUGUGACGGCUUGAAUGAAUGCUUCCUUUUGAAUGCUUCUCGAAAUUACAUUCCCGCUUCUUUCUUGUUAAAAUUUCUGCACCUUCAUUUCUGAAUCAACAGAAAACAUGUAUGGAAACAUUAUUUUAAAAUUCUUGAAGGUCGUAUACUGAGACUUUUCUUUUUGAUGAAUCA